ACUAAACAGUUUAACAUUCACUGGAUGCUGAUCAGCGACAGAAAUAAACCUGGGAAAGGCUCGACACACACAGAGAACAUAAACGCGGAUUAAUACUGAGGGGUUUUAUCUCUCCUGUUUUUACUUUUCGGAAGAAAAAUGUUUCCAAUGUGUCCAAAAACUUUGCUGUUGGUGCUGGUGUGCGCUCUGGCUGCCUCGGCUGCAGACAAUAAGACUCGAGUCAGAGUGAAAGCGAGGACUUUUACCUUUUUUCACAGUUCAGUGACAGAUGAACCAAUAUUCUUUAACGACAAUACAGAUGAUCCCCAAUUUAAUCAUACAAGAGGUCAGGGGUUUAAUGCAACCAACUCCAGACGGCCGGAAAUCACAGAAGAGGCUCUGCUGUUUCUAACGGGCUCUAUGUCCACCAUCCUCAUACCUUCCUUCUACUUGCUGGUCUGCAUCAUCAGCGUGCCGAUCAACAUUGGUGCGGUCAUAGCCUUCACUCGGAGGAUCCGGCCUAAGAAGCCGGCAGCGAUCUACAUGCUGAACCUGGCCGGUGCUGACCUGCUCUUUGCCGUGCUGCUGCCCUUCAAGAUCACCUACCACUUUGGUGGCAACAACUGGAUAUUCGGCCCGCUCAUGUGCCGUGUGGUCACCGCAGCGUUCUACUGGAACAUGUAUUGCUCUGUUCUCCUCAUAGCUUGCAUCAGUGUGGACCGUCUUCUUGCUGUAGUCUACCCCAUCGACUCCCUGGCUUGGAGGAAGCCACGGAACUCAAUCAUAGCCUGCGUGACCAUGUGGAUACUGUCUUUAGCUGGUUCGGUGCCCCUCGUCCUCUCCGAACAGACUUACACACUUACACAGCUGAACAUCACUACCUGCCAUGAUGUCCAGCCCGCACAUGAGCUAAUCAGGCACUACAAGAUCUACUUCAUCACCCUCUGCUGCGCCCUCUUCUUCCUGCCUCUGCUCAUCACUGUGGUGUCUUACACUUGGGUGAUCGGGACUCUGAGCAGGGUCCCACGUGGGGUUCCCGGGCGCUCACGCAGAAGAACAAGAGCAGUGGUGAUGGCUUUUACGGUGCUGGUGAUGUUUGUUAUGUGUUUCACGCCCACAAACUGUCUACUUCUAGCCCACUACCUGCAGUUCAAUGAGGGACUCGAGAAGACCAGGGAUGCUCCUGAUGGCUCCUAUGCUGCCUAUCUGGUGUUUAUGUGUUUAGGAAGUCUGAACUGCGUCCUGGAUCCUCUGCUCUACUACUUUGGAUCAUCCCAGUGCCAAAGACAACUAGCCAGUGCUCUGAGAUGUCAGAAGAUUACAGAGGAAAGCAGCAGUCAUUCGUCAUCUAGUUCUUGCAGAUCCAGCAGGAGAAAAAUUCUGAAGUCCAGCCAUACAGAAAGCUCCCAUAUAAACACAUCAGUCACCAAAAUGGACUCCUUCCAGCAAAGUCUUAACAGCCAAUACAAAAAACUGCUGGUCUGAUACUGAUUCAUCAAUCAGAGAGUACCUGACUCUUAUCUGUGAUAUUACAGUUACCAAACCGGUAGAAAUAUUUUAUUAUGAAGUCCAAGUAACAGCAAAUAAAGAUCAUAGAGUCGGUCUGUAGGUUUGGCCCUCUGUCAUUUUCCAUCAUGAUAAGGAUGAAUGGAGGACAACUGAACCUAUCAUUCCAACAGAAAUUAGUUGAAAAACCUUUUAUAACAACUAAUGUGCAAUGAUAGACAUGCAGGGGUGGAUCUAAAGAAUAUUUAUAGGGGGGCCAGAGGGUGGCAGAAAUAUGCUGUUUUAACCCGCAAACUAUUGCAUAUAUCAGUAUUUGCUUGGAAAAGCCCCCAAAUUAAGAUAUUUUAACUAAAAAACAUGAGAUUUUUGUGGCACAUUAGUAAAACAUCGAAUAGAAAUAUCUAGAGUGGAAUUAGAAAUAAACAAAAACAUUUUAUUUUCAAAUCUUCAGACAUUUUAACAAAUACAUUUCUUUUUUUUUCAUUGACUUUAAGCUUACAGUUUAAAAUAUGGUCAUAACAGAUCAUUAAAUUCAUUUCAAUUCUUUAACACAUUAUUUUUAAAAUGAAUCUAAAUUAAUUUGUUACAUUUGACCAUGGCCAGCCAUGUUUUUCAUGCCACCCCUCUAGAUCUGCCCCUACAGACGUCCCUGUCAAGAGAUGAAUGAAGUAAAAAAAAAAAAAAAAAAAACAAUGUACGGAAGGAAGUUAACAUUAGAUAAGGAUGUGCUUUCUAGAACAAUUCAGCUGAAUAUUUCAAACUAUGAAAAGCUUUUAUUUUUGCACUGUAUGUGUUACAUGAGUUUAUAAGCUGCAUUUAAUGGAAGGAAACUAUUUGCUGUUUUGUAUUUUGUAUAUUUUUCCUGUGUAAUAGCUUUGCUGAAAAGCUUAUUUCAAAGCACUUAAAGCUGUCAAUCAUAUUUUACUUGGUAUGGUUUUAUUUAUUCACAACUUUUUUUAUUUUUUACCACUUUUGUUCUGUGAAUAAAUAUGUCAUCAUAUAUUGUUGUGAUAGUGUUAAAAAGAUAACCAAGAAACAGCAGUAAUGGGCUGACCAAAUGUCCCACAUUGUCAUAGUUUGUUUCAUGCUGCUCUCUGCUGGUUGGAAAUGUGAAGUACCUUUUGUAUAUGACGUUGUCAUUCUACACCAUUGUCCAGGUUCUUUUCUCCUCCAGCAGGCGGCGCUACUGUACUGUUAAUAAAAGGUAACCUGAAGGACCUCACCUCAGCCACCUCUCUUUCACUGUGUAUUGGUCUUAGGAGAGAAUUAUGUGAUAGUGUAAAGCAACUAUCGACUGAAUAAAUACUCUCUCAAAACAA